AUGAAUGAAUUAGCUAGGGAAAAACCCACAACGGGCAUGACAAAAAGUGAAAACAUAACAAAAUAUGUUAGUCCUGUAAUUAACCCCACAUGUAGCAACAAUAAUGAAGAAGGGGGAAACGAAGUCCAAAUGAGUAGCAUAAACGACUCAAAGGAAAAAAACGCUUCAAGUGAAAGGCAGAGUAGUGCUAAGAAGCGGAAUGACACCAAAAGCGGUAGUAAGAAAUAUUCCUGGGGGACGGGGUCAGCCGGAGCUCAGGAUAAAUGCAGUCUCACCGUGAGGGCUCAAGUAGUGGAAAGCGCAGCAGUUCUUGGGAAGAGAGAAGGGGAAAUGGCAAAACGGGCGGAGGCCAAAAAGGACGGAAAGGAGAACGCUAAGGUCGUCAAGACGAUCGCAAAAGGCAUGAAGGGAGCCUCUGAGAACACAAAGCUAAAGAGUAAAGACACAAGGCUAAACGCUAAGAAUUCAGAGCAAAAUGCGAAGGACGCAAAGCUAAACGCUGAAGACAGGGGUACACCAAAAUAUAGCACCAUUCAUAACGCAAAACACAAGUCAUGGCGUUCCCCGUCUCGAAAGAAUACCCCUAUGAAAUUAUCGUCCCCAAAAAAGAACGAUUCAAAGGAAGUAGCUAGUGUAGAAUCUACCUCCGUCGCAGCAUCACGUCAUUCUGCACAUGCACAGAUGAAUCAAAAGGAAACGGAACAAAUUAACUUAAAUCGAAAUAAAAAAAAAGUUUCGGAGAUAGGGGAAAAACGCACCAACAAGGCGAGAUGUGCAGAAAGUUGUAAAGUGAGAAAAGAGGAGCAUCAGUCAAAGAACCAAAAAAGCAACACAAUAAAACAAAAAAUUAAAUUAAACUGCACAGUUAUUAACGAAAUUCAAAUGAAGAAUAAUAUAUAUAUCUGCAAAUUUAAAAACAAGCUAAAUAAAAUGCGCAAAUACUUUUUCCCUAUAUAUAUGUACGGCGAAGCUUCCAUAGCAAGAAACAAGGCCCUGCUUCUGAAGAUUCACAUGCACACAUGCCUAUAUUGCCAAAACGGGAUUCUAUGCAACUUUGUUGAAAAUUACACGUUGUAG